GCGCCAAACAACACUGGUCAGCCAACAAACGGAAUUUGUUCUCUCUCAAAACCACUAUAAAACAGAAAAUUGAAUUUAAAAGAAAAUUUACGUGCAAUUUUCGUAAAUAGAAAAAAAGAAAAAUAACUAAAAACAAACGUGAUUUCAAAAUUAUUGUUUGUGUGUGUGCUAAACUAAACAAAUAGUUGUUUUCCUUAUUUAAUUUCCUUUUGAAAUUCAAUUAAAAAAAAACUACCAACCAACCAUGUCUAUCUCCGAUUUCCGCAAAAAGAAGUUGUUGUUCUUGUUCAAUGUUUUCUUUGAUGUGAACCAAAGUGGUGAAAUUGACAUUAAGGAUUUUGAAUUGGCCAUUGAGCGUGUCUGCACAUUACGUGGCUGGGCUAAGGAUACACCAAAGAAUAAGGAAACCCAUACUGUCAUGUUGGAAAUUUGGGAAGGUUUACGUUCAAAAGCUGACAAGGACAAUGAUGGUCAGGUUUCCGUUGAUGAAUGGUGCAACAUGUGGGACGCUUAUGCCAAAGAUCCCAGCACUGUUAUGGACUGGCAAAAUAAGUACAUGAACUUUAUGUUCGAUCUGGAAGAUGCUUCCACUGAUGGCAGCAUUGAUGUUUCCGAAUUUGCUUUAGUCUGCUCCAGCUAUGGCUUGGAGAAGAAAGAAUGCGAAGAGGCAUUUAAAAAAAUGGCCCAGGGUAAUGAGGAAGUAACACGUGAACAAUUCGCUGCCUUGUGGGAAGAAUAUUUCUCAUCUGAAGAUCCCUCAGCUCCCGGUAAUUACAUUUUCGGCAAAACCUCAUUUUAACAACUUUAAAUGGAAGAAAGAUGUUGUAACUUGUUAAAAAUUUAAACAAAAAUCAAACUUGACUUUAUAAAAAAAAAUCCAAAAAAAAAAUAAAAUCAAAAUCUAAAACACACUGGAACAAACUCAAUUCCUUAGUAAAUUUAAUUAAACAAAGUAUAUAUUAUAUUAAAAUUAUAAAUAUUUAACUAAAACAAAACAACAAAAACAAAUUAUGAAAAUCAAUUAAAGAAUUUUAAAAGCAAACCAAAACUAACUAAAUAUGUUUUCAUUAUUUUUCUAAAUACAAAAUAAUAAUAAUUGUUAUAAAUAUAAAUUAAAUAAAUAUUUAUAACUAAUGAAACAACAACAAAAAUUUAAAUGGAUUUAGUAAAGCAACAAAUCUAGGAAAACUCCAAGAAUUACUAACAGAGCAAAUUAUUAUAUAUAAAUAAUGUUGAAAACAAAGAGAAAUAUUUAUUAUUUAAAUAGAAGAAGAGAGUAAAAAAACUUUAUAUUUCCUACAUAAAAUAUAACAAAGGUGACAUAUACAAAGCUUACGAGGCUUGAGGGAGUGUUUUAAAGCUAAAUAAUUGGCCAAACAUAUUUUAGAUAUACAUAGUAAAUUAACUCCAAAAAAAAAGAGUUCCGUCUUUUUUACUUUAUUUAAUUGAUAUAUUACUUUGAAAUAAAUGUUGUUUAAUGUAUUUGAUAAUUGAAAAAUAAAUAAAUGAAUAUAAUGAAUUUAAUAAAUAAAAAUCGAUUAAAUAUUUUAUGCAUCAA